CUGAGACCGGAUCGAAAAGAACCGGUUACGGAACCUAAAACCUAGCGUAAAUUAAAGGACCGAAAAUAACCGUUACCUGUAUUUUAUAUUUUUAAUAGACUCUAACCAAUACCGAAACCUUUAAAUAAUACCAAAAGAAUACCGGUCUUUUUAAGGUCUUUUACUGUUUUCAAGUUCCUAUUGAAGUCGAAAGAAAUUACUCUUUAAACUAAAAAUAUAUUAUGUAGAAACAAUAAUUAUAUUUUUUAUUAUAUAUAAUAUUUACGCAAUGUUUUUUUCCGGCCGCGACGCCCGUAUGUUGGCGGCCGACAAUGAUGGUCCAUCGACCAAUGUAUAUAAUAAUAUUGUCUAUGGAAUAUAAAUAUACAUCAUGUAUAUGUUACACGAUAACGGAUAAUUUCUACGGACACAUAAGUUAUUUUUACAAUUAUAAAAAUUACACUGGGAUUUUGAAGUAUUUAUUUUUAUUACAAAUCUGAUAUCUACACGUCAAACACAGUAUAUUAUAUCGUGACUUAUAAAUUAUUAUCGAAUAUCGGUGCCCAGUGGAUAGUGGUGUAUUUGCUUUAUUUGCUGUUUAGUCGCAAGAACAUGCAGUCUUCUUUUAUUUUAUUAGUUGAAAUUUGAAAAGUAUUGAAUUAAAAUUAUGGGCCGUCAUACCGUGUCAUGCGUUUAUAAAUAUUUUGUGUACGAUAAGAAAUCUAACGAGUCAGUAUGUAAAAGUUGCAAUGGAAAAAUAAAAGGAAAGCAUGGGACAAAUUUGAAAAGACACCUGAGUUCCCACCAGGAUGUAUAUGAAGAGAUGUUGGUUAAAGAUACAGAUAUAAAAAAAUCUUCUACCAAAAUUAACACAUCUGUUAUCAAAGCACACGAAAAACUUUUUUAUUUUUCUAUACCUGAAGUUAAAGUUAACAUUAAUAUGCAUACAUUAAUCAGCGCCUGUGUAGAUUUAGUCACUGUAAAUGGGCGGCCAUAUAGUGUACUAAAUGAUAGUGGUUUCAAAAAAAUUAUAAAUCCAAUUUUAGAUGGUUUAGAUAAAAAAGUGGCUAUAAAUUCAAAUACUAUUAAGCAGUAUGUACAUGAAGAAUCAUUAGCCAUACAAAAAGAAAUUCGUACUGAAGCUUUUACCAAAGCAAAACUAAUAUCAUUGAAACUUGAUGCUGUGACGAGACUAAAUCGAUCAUUUUUGGGAAUUAAUAUACAAUACAUUGUGGGUGAUUAUAUCAAGCUCAGAACUCUUGCCUUAAUUGAGCUUACUCAAUCACAUACAGGUUUUUAUUUAAAAGAAAUUAUUUUAAAUGUCUUAAAAAAAUACAAUAUUGAACAUGAUCAAAUUUAUACCAUAACAUCUGACAAUGGGGCUAAUAUGUUAAAAGCUGUGAGCUUGAUUGAAAAAGAUAUUUCAGAAUUACAACAGUUCACAAAAGAAUCAGCUAGUACAUCAGAAAAUAAUGGUGAACCAACUUUGUUGGAUAUUGUCGAUAUUGAUGAUAGCAGCUCUGUUUGCAGCGUGAACAGUGAAACAUGUACAGAAAAUAAUGUUGAUCUUGAUGAAGACCAAAUCAUCGAGUUGCUUGCUGAAAAUACAGAAGAAAAUACCUAUUGUCUAGAUAAUGAUUAUGAACAAACUGAAAAUAUAUUGAAUGAAAUUCAAUCAUUUCAAAACAUUGGAGACAACAGUUCAAUAUUUACAGGUGUACGAUGUGUGGCUCAUACCUUACAGUUGGCUGUGUUGGACAGUUUGAAAGAUCAUGGAAUUGAAAAACUAUUAAAUAAAGUUCGGUCAUUGGUUAAAAAACUUCGAAACCAAACAUACUUAUACAUAAUAAAAAAAGAAAAAUUAAAGUCUCCCAUACUUGACUGUCUAACUCGUUGGCAUUCAACGUUGGAUAUGUUGGAAAGAGUCAAAUAUCUUAAAUUCUUUAUACAGAAUAUGGCAGCAAAUGAUUCAUCAUUUAAAAAAGUAUGUUUAAAUAAUUCAGAAUGGAAUCAAAUUGAAGUUAUUUCAAAAGCUUUGUUACCAUCAAAAAUAUGUACCAAAAAGUUCCAAAAUGAGCAGUUUACAUUAUCCGAUUUUUAUGGAAGCUGGAUUUUGUGUAAAAUUCAAACUAAAAAAUGUAAUACUUCAUUUUCUGAAAAAUUGGUUGAAUGUUUAACUAAUAGGGAAAAACAUUUAAUGCAGAACAAAGUUUUAUUGGCAGCAAUUUUCUUGGACCCACGAUACAAAAUCAUUCUUGAUGACCAACAAUACACUACUGCCAUCAAUCAUUUAAUUGGUGUUUGGCUUCAAUUGAAAAAGUUGGAACAAAAAAGUGUUGACUUAACUAAAAACAAUGAUGAUAUAAUAUUAAGCAGAGAUUCAGAAGAUGAAUCAACUACAGGUUCUGACGGACUUGAAGAAUUUCUUAAAGAAAAGGACAAUGUUGACAAGUGUAUUGUAUCCAAAAUGUCACAAACAUCUGUAUCACAUACAAUUGAAGCAAUUCUCAAGUCAUACCAUAUUAAACAAGACAGAUUAAACCAUAGAAUAAAUAUCCUCAAGUUUUGGAAAUCAAUGGAAACAGUAUAUCCAGAAAUCUAUAUCCUUUCUAAAAUAAUACUAUCAGUUCCAUCAACUCAAGUUAGUGUUGAACGUCUAUUCUCAGGCCUUAAAUUCAUUUUGUCACCGUAUAGAAGUAAUAUAAAUUCCCAAAACCUAGAAGACCAAUUGUUAGUACGUACAAACAGAUUGUUCGAUAAAGUUGAAAAUGAAUAUAAUAUGAAAAAAAGUACUGAGAAACAUGAAUCUCCAAACAUUAAAGAAGAUAUAGAAGAUGACCAUAAUACAAUUGAUUCAAUGUCAGGUUUAAAACGUAAAAGAAAGUAAUUAAGUUCAUGUAAUAUAUAUUAUUAAAUUAGUUUUAUUUACUGUCAAUAAAAAUAAUGGAUUUAAAUAUUCAAAACCUAAACUAUCUACUUUAUUUUAAAAUGUAUAUAAAUCCUAACAACAUUUGAUCUUGAAUAAAUGAACAAGUAUUUUACCAGUAUUUGUUAAUUGUGCCAAUUGAAUAAUUUUGUUAAAAUGCAACUAUAAAUUAUUAUCAACUGUAAGUGUAAAGUGUGUAUUUAUAUUUAAUAAUGAAACAGGUUCUCAUGGGGUUUCAAUAUAAACUUUCUCAGUAGUUUGUACCUAAAUGAAUGUAACAUACUGUAUACACUAAACAGUAGUAUACCUAUAUUCAUGUAUUUUUGUAUUAACAAUUUUAGUUUGAAAACAUAAUGUACCUAUGUACCGGUUAAAAACCGGU